AUGGCGAACGACAGACCAAAAUCACUCGCACGCCGCCAGUCAGAUUCGCGUAGAGAUAAAGAAAAUGAGAGUGAAUUAAAAUACGCGCAAAUUCGCGCAUCGCAUGUGGUAGGAGGGGAUCUCUAUGCCUCCGAACGCCGUCACUACAACAUUAAGACCAAGCGCUUUAACUAUUCCACCAAAAUUGACAAAUGUAAUAUAUUUGGACGUUUUGACAGCAAACACCAAGCCUCCAUGUACAUUGAGCGGCAGUACAUCAACACAGGCAAACACAAAAAUGUGACAAAAAUGCAGAAAGCAACAACAGCAACAACAAGUUGGAAGAAGAUGAUGUUGGCGAUAAAAGUUUUGCAACUUUACAUAAACAUCCGUUUCUUCAAGAAUCCAUGCUUAAAACCUUUUAAAGAAUUUUUAAGAGCACGAGUCUUACUGAAGCACUCAUACGUAGAAUUGUGGCCCCGCGUGGCUUGGCAUGAUUAUGUUGAGGAUUUGGAGGCGAACGAUGAGAAAUCAACGAUUUUUUUCAAGAAGAGUUUGCAAGAAAAUUGCUUGACAGUGACGAGUGAGUGCUACACGACCGAGCAGUGCUGCAGCGAUCUGGCCUGCGUCGACACGAACAACGAUGGCAUAUCAGGAAAAUGUCUGGCGAAGAAGCGUUUGAGGAGAUGUACGGAGAGCAUUCAGUGCGGCGAGAUGACGACCUGCUCUUCCGUCAUCGGCUCCAACAGCAAGUAUUGCGUACCUGACAAGCUGGAAACCAGUUACGAUUUUGCAAGAGAUUUCAAGGAUAAGAUGUACAACAGCCAGCCGGUGUACUCCAGGAAUUACGAUACGCAAGCAUAUGGAACUCUCCUGUUGAGAAAACCUGGAAGCAAAGGAACUGGAAUGCCGUGCAUUUCAACUGACGACUGCCAAAUGACGGAUAAUUAUUCCGGGGAUCCACUUUGCUGUCAGAAGAUAAGCCAAGGAAAGAUGGGUUCAAAGCUGAAGUGUCACACCAUCAUCAACGUUGAUGACUGCAAGCCAUGGAGCAAUUAAUCUUUUCCAUAUUAACAUUAAAAUUAAUAUUAUAACGCGAUGAAUGUUCUGGCUAACUAUUUGGAGCUGGAAACAUUAUGCUUGUUUUAGAUACAUGUGUCGGUUGCAUAACAUAACGAUAUGACGUCUGCAUUUAAAUUACAUAAUUGCUGUUAUCUCGUAAUUUGAAAUUUCAUUUAAUUGUUUCAGACUUUUAGAUAAUUUGAUGAAUGAUCAAAUUCGUGUAAAACUUUCUUCUGUUUAUCGCUGCUGAGUAAAUAAUUUGGAAUGAGAUCUUCAAUAUGCGCUGAGAUAAUAUGCGAUCUUCAUUUGAAAUGUUAGUUAAGGCAAUUUUUAUUAAAAAUUUGACCGGCAUUGAUAUUUCACAUUUAACAAACUUUCACACACAUCAAUAUUCAUUUUAGAUUUUCAAUCAUUAUACUAAAAUACUUUUACAAUAUUGUCAAAUUGUCUUUAUUAAUAAAUCAUGCAACUAUGA